GCGGCCCAUUCUACCAACCGCCCAAAGGCCAACUGCUUGUCUUGCAAGCAUCCACAUCAUGUACAGCACUCCAUCAUCACGUCCUCUUCAAUACGCGCCGACACCAUACAGCUAUACACCCACAAAUGCCCUCUCAGCCCGGAUCAACCUCGACGAAGAAGUGAAACUUGCGGAUUCCGCGACGGAACGUGACCUGAUCGAUUCCCUGGCCGAGAUAUACAGCAUCAUUCGCACAAUUGACGGCCUCGAGAAGGCGUACAUCAAAGAUGCACUGCCAGAAACCGAAUACUCCGAUAUGUGUUCGAAGCUGCUAAAGCAGUACCGAUCAAUCCUCAACGACGAAAAUGUGUCUCGCCAGUUUGUGGAUCUCGACACGUUCACGCAGCAGUGGGAUAUUGAGUGUCCACGGGCAAAAGAACGUUUAAGAGUCGGACUCACAGCAGAUGAGGUGCUGACCGUACAAAAAGCUACACCUGGCUCCAAUGCUCCAACAGCGACGGCAUCAGGCAGUCUUAUUCUGGCAGCGACCGAGAACUUCAUUACCUUCCUGGACGCGCUACGUUUGAACAUGGUCUCAAAGAGCGCUUUGCAUCCUCUACUCUCGGAUGUCAUUCAGUCAGUGAACAAGGUGACCGAUCAGGAUUUUGAGCAUCGAGGCAAGAUCAUUCAAUGGCUCAUCACACUCAAUCAGAUGAAGACGUCAGAAGAAUUGAGCGAGGAGCAGGCACGAGAUCUGGCGUUUGAUAUGGAGCAGGCAUACAAUGGUUUCAAGUCAAUCAUCCACUGAGCCUUGAAGUCUCAUGGCGGCUGUUACCUCCGAACGUCUUUGUCGGAUGUCGACCUAACCACCAUGACUCUUCCGCCUGUCUCUGCCAGAAGCUCUGCUUGAUUUGUUUCAAGUCUACCAGCCAAGAGCUGACUGGAAUCUGGAAUCAGUACAUCCGACCAUUUUCAAGGCUGCAAGACGGGGACGCCGCCUCUUAUACUUAUCUUCAGCCGUCAAGAGUAUGAGCCGGGACUGGCUAUACCAAGAUACAAAUCGCACUCGAUGGGUUCCAAGCUCAACACAAGUGAUAAGACAUCAGCCGUACAGCAAAGAACCUCGGAGGGCGUGGACGCUUCCGGAAUUGCCUGCUUCGCGAGCGAACUUUUGCUCAGUAGGAAGCACUGAGCCAUCUCGAAGAGCGAGAAAGCGUUGCGACCCGAGGCAUAGAUUGAUAUUCUCGGUCAGCAGAGCACCAUCUCGAGCGGAUUAUUCUUCAUGCCGCCACCGAACCGCAAUCUCGAAGCAUCACAAUCGACGCUGGCCCAUUCCUCAUACCAAUUUAGUCAUAUACGGUCGACCUCACUCUUCAGCUUCCAAGAAAUAAAACCGAAAUUCUGCAUCGCCAUGCUAAUCCUGUCCGCAACGUUGAUUCCUGCCUUCUAGACAUCGCUGCUCCAUACAACUUUUUAUAUAGUCUCAGCUUGCGAUGAGAAGUUUUCCCGGACGGGGGCCCAGGCAUGUUCCCCCGACAUGCCCAAAUUUCUACUUGUAGCUGGUCAACGACUUGGCCGCGACCCAGCAUCGAUUCGACGGCGUCUUCUAGCUUAUUACGACAUGGCUGUCAAACCAAGCGACGUCCCAACUUGUGCAUUUUCCCAAAUGCAAGGUCACACACCAGCCCGUCCUUCUAGGUACUGUCAUUGUGCAUCUCUCACACAACCGCGGCUGUGUAACAAGGCAGUGCGGUGCGGGUAGGAAACCACGAAACCACGAAACCAAGCCCUUCGGCCCGGCUGCAGGUAAACGGCAUGAACAAGUUUCACCACUCCAGCGCACGUAUGGCAGUGAAGACGGAUAUGGACAUGGCGAAAUGGGGCUGUGGCAGGGCUUCUGUCC